GGGCCGCUGGGGCUGCCGGGGCCGCUGGGAUGUGUUGUCGGCUGGAGUUCGGCAUGAAAGCCUCUGGCAUGAGGAUGGUGACCCGCAGCUGGAGCCGGGAACCUGGGGCCGGGCCGCGGGGUAUUGGGGAGGAGGCCGCGCCGCUCGGGAGGGGAGAGGCGGCUGCAGGGACCCAGUGGCAUUUUUUUGCAGAAGGAAGGAAAAGCCAUCGCCCUAUGAGACGUCAGCGGAAAGCACAAAGCCUGAGUGUGGCCUACGAAGCGUCAGAUGAUGAGAAAGGAGAGGGGACCGAGCUGCUCAAGGUGCCAAGCUGGGAGCCUCAGGACUGGCAGCAGCAGCUGGCGAACAUCCGCACCAUGAGGAGUGGGAAGGAUGCACCUGUGGACCAGCUGGGGACUGAGCACUGCUAUGACCCCAGUGCACCCCCAAAGGUGCAGAGGUACCAGGUGCUGUUGUCGCUGAUGCUCUCUAGCCAGACCAAAGACCAGGUGACAGCGGGUGCCAUGCAGAGGCUGCGGGCCCGGGGCCUGACAGUGGACAGCAUCCUACAGACAGAUGACAGCACGCUGGGCACACUCAUCUACCCUGUGGGCUUCUGGAGGAACAAGGUGAAGUACAUCAAACAGACCAGUGCCAUCCUGCAGCAGCGCUAUGGUGGAGACAUCCCAGCCUCUGUGGCAGAGCUAGUAGCACUGCCAGGUGUUGGGCCCAAGAUGGCACACUUAGCCAUGGCUGUGGCCUGGGGCACUGUGUCAGGCAUCGCAGUGGACACACAUGUGCACAGAAUCGCCAACCGACUCAAGUGGACCAAGAAGGUGACCAAGUCCCCAGAGGAGACCCGCAGAGCCCUGGAGGAGUGGCUGCCCAGGAACCUGUGGAGCGAGAUCAAUGGACUCUUGGUGGGCUUCGGCCAGCAGACCUGUCUGCCUGUCCGUCCACGCUGCCAGGCCUGCCUCAACCAGGCCAUGUGCCCAGCUGCACACAGGCUCUGAAGGCUGUAUCUGUUCUGUGAUUUUGCUGGGGAGCUGCAGGCUGUUCAUAAUAAAGCUCGGGGGUUUGCAAUA